AUGGUUCUUCUGGCAUGUUUUGUGCUUUUCCUUUCUCUAACUGGAUAUUCAAGUGGUGCUAUGUAUUGUGUGUGUAAAGAUGGUGUUGGAGAUCAAAAUCUUCAAAGGGCUAUAGAUUAUGCUUGUGGUGCUGGAGCUGAUUGUUCACCUAUUCUACAAUCUGGAUCAUGUUUUCAACCCAAUACUGUGAAAGAUCACUGCAGUUAUGCUGUUAAUAGCUAUUUCCAGAAAAAGGGUCAAGUUCAAGGUAGCUGUGAUUUUUCUGGUAGUGCUAUGACCAGUCCAACUCCACCUACUACUUCAACAACUACCUGUGUUUUUCCUUCAAGUGGCAAUGCAGGAGGAGGUACAGGCACAACUCCAGGAACCAAUACACCUGUAGGCACAGCACCACCUUCCACCAUAACUCCAACCACACCUGCAGGUACAACACCAGGAACAGGAACAGGUACCGGUACCGGCACAGGCACACCAACCGGCACAGGCACACCAACCGGCACAGGCACAGGAACAGGUACAGGCACAGGCACCGGAACUGGCUCAACCACAGGUGGUCCUAAUGUGUUUGGGAUGAGUCCAACAUCUUCAACUGGUAAUGGAAGUGGCUUCACUGACCCUAAUGGAGUGGUUCAAUUAAAAAAAUGUAGUUACGUUUUGUUGCUAUCCCUUGUUUUUACUUUAUGGCUAGUAACUUUAAGGGACUAA